AUGAGGAUGAAGAAAGAAAACUACACCGGAUAUCUUCGAGCUUUUGUAUCUCGAAGUCCUCAAGCUGAGAUGCAGAGCUCACCGAGAGGAGGUCAGUAUAUUGACUUGCAUACUAUCCACUAUCCCCGGAUGUACAUCGAUUCCGAAAAUACACAGCAAUACAGACACGGAUACACAGACACAUUCUCUGGUAUCGCAGCCGAAGACAUGAAUAGCACAUCAGCACGGGAUCCUCAGACAAAGAAACUCAAGAAACAUCCUCAACGCCUCCUUCUCCCGGCAACCGAAGACACGAAUAGCACUAAAAAACAAACGAGACUCGGAAGUACUGGCUGGUAUGCUUCCAGAGCAUCUGGAAUGUGGUUCCACCAAGCAUUCGACUAA